AUGAACAUACUAUUUUUUUUUCUUAUAAAUUUGGUUGAACUAAGUGAGCUUAAUUUAAAUAAACUUAUUGUUCAAAUUAACCAACGAUUAAUUUGCAAAUCAGUUAUUACCAUUAAUAGUAGUUAUAUUAACUCUAUCCGUUUAUGGGAUGUCAAAACAGGAUAAUAAAAAGCCAAAUUAGAUGGUCUUAGUAGUUAUGUCUACUCAGUCUGUUUCUCUCCUGAUGGAAAUACAUUAGCUUCUGGUAGUUAUGAUUACUCUAUCCGUCUAUGGGAUGUCAAAACAGGAUAAUAAAAAGCCAAAUUAGAUGGUCAUAGUAGUUAUGUCUACUCAGUCUGUUUCUCUCCUGAUGGAAAUACAUUAGCUUCUGGUAGUUAUGAUUACUCUAUCCGUCUAUGGGAUGUCAAAACAGGAUAAUAAAAAGCCAAAUUAGAUGGUCAUAGUAGUUAUGUCUACUCAGUCUGUUUCUCUCCUGAUGGAAAUACAUUAGCUUCUGGUAGUUAUGAUUACUCUAUCCGUCUAUGGGAUGUCAAAACAGGAUAAUAAAAAGCCAAAUUAGAUGGUCAUAGUAGUUAUGUCUACUCAGUCUGUUUCUCUCCUGAUGGAAAUACAUUAGCUUCUGGUAGUUAUGAUUACUCUAUCCGUCUAUGGGAUGUCAAAACAGGAUAAUAAAAAGCCAAAUUAGAUGGUCAUAGUAGUUAUGUCUACUCAGUCUGUUUCUCUCCUGAUGGAAAUACAUUAGCUUCUGGUAGUUAUGAUUACUCUAUCCGUCUAUGGGAUGUCAAAACAGGAUAAUAAAAAGCCAAAUUAGAUGGUCAUAGUAGUUAUGUCUACUCAGUCUGUUUCUCUCCUGAUGGAAAUACAUUAGCUUCUGGUAGUUAUGAUUACUCUAUCCGUCUAUGGGAUGUCAAAACAGGAUAAUAAAAAGCCAAAUUAGAUGGUCAUACUAGUUAUGUCUACUCAGUCUGUUUCUCUCCUGAUGGAAAUACAUUAGCUUCUGGUAGUUAUGAUAAGUCUAUCCGUCUAUGGGAUGUCAAAACAGGAUAAUAAAAAGCCAAAUUAGAUGGUCAUAGUAAUUAUGUUAGAUCAGUCUGUUUCUCUCCUGAUGGAAAUACAUUAGCUUCUGGUAGUGAUGAUAAGUCUAUCCGUCUAUGGGAUGUCAAAACAGGAUAAUAAAAAGCCAAAUUAGAUGGUCAUAGUAAUUGUAUCAACUCAGUCUGUUUCUCUCCUGAUGGAAAUACAUUAGCUUCUGGUAGUAAUGAUAAGUCUAUCCGUCUAUGGGAUGUCAAAACAGGAUAAUAAAAAGCCAAAUUAGAUGGGCAUAGUAAUUGUAUUAACUCAGUCUGUUUCUCUCAUGACGGAAAAACAUUAGCUUCUUGUAGUUAGGAUAACUCUAUCCGUCUAUGGUCUGUAAAGACAGGAUAAGAAAUAAUAUCCUCUGAUAAAAACUACAAAGAUAUUCUUUCAUAAUUUAAGAUUCCACUCCAAUAACCUAGCCAUAUUUCCGAAAGUACUAUUUAUCUUCGAUCAUAUUUUUAGCCUCCAAUUAUAUCACUACCCUCCUAAUAUCUUAAUCCGCUAUAUUCUAAGCAUAAGGAGCACUUGUUCUCAAAGGAGAAUUCAUUAAUCAUCAAGGCACUGAUUUGAGACCUUUAUUGAAAUCCAAAGGUAGUUGCUUUUUGGAAAACCUUACGUAAAAGUGA